GGUUCAUAUUAAAACAAUCCAACGGCUCUCCCUUACUCGAUUCCUCUUUAUAUAUCAAACCAGACCACCCGAUUCAUCAUCUACUGUAACCGUUUCACUGAACCCUCUCGUACUCAUCGCCUAUCGUCUUCUCUAGAUCUACUCUCGAACCAUGGCUACUAUCACCGUCGUUAAGGCUAGGCAGAUCUUCGACAGCCGUGGCAACCCCACCGUCGAGGUUGAUGUGCAUACGUCCACUGGUGUGAAGGUAACAGCAGCUGUUCCUAGUGGAGCUUCCACUGGUAUCUACGAGGCUCUUGAGCUCAGGGAUGGUGGCUCUGACUACCUUGGCAAGGGUGUUUCUAAGGCUGUUGGCAAUGUGAACAACAUCAUCGGCCCAGCUUUGAUUGGAAAGGACCCGACUCAGCAGACUGCUAUUGACAACUUCAUGGUCCAUGAACUUGAUGGAACCCAGAACGAGUGGGGAUGGUGCAAGCAAAAGCUUGGAGCUAAUGCUAUCCUUGCUGUGUCUCUUGCCGUAUGCAAGGCUGGAGCCGUUGUCAGUGGCAUUCCUCUCUACAAGCACAUUGCCAAUCUUGCUGGUAACCCUAAGAUUGUGCUACCUGUUCCUGCCUUCAACGUUAUCAAUGGUGGUUCACAUGCCGGAAACAAGCUCGCUAUGCAGGAGUUUAUGAUUCUCCCUGUUGGAGCUUCUUCAUUCAAAGAAGCCAUGAAAAUGGGUGUUGAAGUUUACCACAACUUGAAGUCUGUGAUCAAGAAGAAGUAUGGUCAGGAUGCCACAAACGUUGGUGAUGAAGGUGGCUUUGCACCAAACAUUCAGGAAAACAAGGAAGGUCUUGAAUUGCUCAAGACUGCCAUUGAGAAGGCUGGUUACACUGGCAAGGUUGUCAUUGGAAUGGAUGUUGCCGCUUCAGAGUUUUACUCAUCAGACAAGACCUACGACUUGAACUUCAAAGAAGAGAACAACAAUGGCUCUCAGAAGAUUUCUGGUGAUGCACUAAAGGACCUCUACAAGUCCUUUGUCUCUGAGUACCCAAUUGUGUCUAUUGAGGAUCCCUUCGACCAAGAUGACUGGGAGCACUACGCUAAGAUGACCGCUGAGUGUGGAGACAAUGUUCAGAUUGUCGGUGAUGAUUUGUUGGUCACCAACCCCAAGAGGGUUGCAAAGGCAAUCGCAGAAAAGUCUUGCAAUGCUCUUCUCUUGAAGGUUAACCAAAUUGGGUCAGUGACCGAGAGUAUUGAGGCAGUGAAGAUGUCGAAGAGAGCAGGAUGGGGAGUGAUGGCCAGCCACAGAAGUGGUGAAACAGAGGACACCUUCAUUGCUGACCUAUCUGUUGGCUUGUCCACUGGACAAAUCAAGACGGGAGCUCCUUGCAGAUCCGAGCGUCUAGCCAAGUACAACCAGCUUUUGCGUAUUGAGGAGGAGUUGGGAUCAGAGGCAGUAUACGCUGGAGCUAACUUCCGUAAACCUGUGGAGCCCUACUAGACAAGUGCAACUUUUAUAGUCGCAAAGUGGUCUCCCCUUUGUGACGAGAAGAAGAAGAUGAGAGUUGUGUUUGCUCAUUUUGCUUAAAUAAAACAUUUUACGUUUGGUUCUGUUUUCUUUGUUGUUUUUUUUUUUCUGUUUAUGGUUUGAACCCUUUUUGGGGAGAAAGUUGCUUUACUUUUUGUAAGAGACCUGAGAUAGCUCUGCCUGUAUGAGAGAGAGCAGCUUUUUUUUUAUAUUCUGAUUUCGGCUUUAUUCUUAUUA